AUGCAACAUUCGGCAUCGUUGGGGGACUCGGACUCGAGGAGGCUGAGUCUCCGGAACGUAUCCCUGGCCACGUCGGGCCGAUACCGAUGCGAGGUGUCGGCGGAGGCGCCGUCGUUCCAGACCGUCAAGGACAGUUUCCAUCUCCAGAUCUACGUGUUGCCUUCGAGGGGUCCGGUGAUCAACGGGGUGCUGGAUUACAGGCGGUUGGGGGUGAGGAAAGGGGACGAGCUCCGUCUCAAUUGCUCCUGUCAUCAGUCCGCUCCUCCCACUUCGCUCUCGUGGUUUAUCAACGAUCAUAAGGUUCACGAUAAACACGUGUUGGAAUAUCCUCCGAGAGAGGAAGGGGAGCUGAUGACGUCGGUCCUGGGGCUUCGGAUCAAGAUGGAGGAGAGGCACAUGGCGGAGCAUGCCCUGAGGGUCAAGUGCGUUGCCUCGCUGGACCCUGUCUUCUGGAGGAGUCAGGAGGAGUCCUUUCCCAUCAUCCAGGAUUUUCCGCUGCCCGACGAUGGUUCUUCGGGAGUGGCCGUCGCUCCGUCGACCACCGGUAAAUGCAUUCUUUCUAGACCAUCUUCACGGGAUUUUCAAGCACCAUCUCAGCUUCCUCUUCCCUGCAUUCUCAUGAAGAUUCGAUUGUCGCGUAAUGUACUUCACGAGGCGGUGAGGAGAAGCGAGAGACAAUGA